AUGGCGUCCAUGGCGGCGGCGAUCGCGGCCUCGCGCUCGGCGGUCAUGAGCGGGAACCGGCCACUGGACGACCGGGAGCGCAAACGCUUCACCUACUUCUCGUCGCUGAGCCCCAUGGCCAGGAAGAUCAUGCAGGACAAGGAGAAGAUCCGCGAGAAGUACGGGCCCGAGUGGGCGCGGCUGCCGCCCGCGCAGCAGGACGAGAUCAUCGACCGCUGCCUGGUGGGGCCGCGCGCCCUGGCCGCCGACGCGGGGGACGCGGGGGGCGCGGGGGACCCCGCGCGCUUCCCGGGCCUGCGCGGGCCCACGGGCCAGAAGCUGGUGCGCUUCGGCGACGAGGACCUAAGUUGGCAAGAUGAGCACUCUGCUCCAUUCUCCUGGGAAACAAGGAGUCAGAUGGAGUUCAGCAUCUCCUCCAUGUCCAUCCAGGAGCCGAGCACCGGUACCGCCGCCAGCGAGCCGAGGCCACCUGCCAAGUCUUCCCACGGGGCGCAGGUUAUCAGAUCCUCGCAGGGCAGCAUGCCCUCCAGCCUGGAUGCCUUGGGUCCCACCCGGAAGGAAGAGGAAGCACCCUUCUGGAAGAUCAAUGCGGAGCGGUCCCGGGAGGGGCCCAAGGCGGAGUUCCAGUCGCUGACACCCAGCCAGAUCAAGUCCAUGGAGAAAGGGGAGAAGGUCUUGCCUGCAGGGUGCCGGCAGGAACCUGCCCCGAAGGACAGGGAGGCCAAGAUCGUCCGUCAGGAGCAGCGAGUCCUUCCCAGUGUGAGCGUGGAGCCCGAGAGACCCCAGCCCAUCCAGGCUCCCACCGGCACACUGCCCGAGGUCACCCCCUCUGAGUCCCUGGGGAAACCGCCGUCUCUCGACGCCAGGCAGGAUGGCGAGGAUGACAGUCUGUUCUCGGAGCCCACACUAGCACAGGUCAGCUCCAGUAGCGUUGUCUUGAAGACGGGAUUUGAUUUUCUGGACAAUUGGUAAACCGUCCCGGACAAAAGGAAACAGCCAAGACCCCCAGAACAUUUUCCACAGCGGUGUGCAGAGGACAAGACGGCUACACUGUCUGUGUAUUUUCUGUUUUCACUACUCCUUUCUUAAUCCUUUGGAAGCUGGUAAAUUCUGCCAGAGUUUUGGUAAGACAAAAUAUAUAUGCUAUUUUCAGUGAUUUGAUAACAGAAGUUUUACAUUUGGAAUUUUUAAGGACCUUUAAGAAUUCAAUAAAAAUUGUAAAUGAGGGCUGGAGGCAUGGCUCAAGUGGUAGAGCGCCUGCCUAGCAAACUCAAGGCCCUGAGUUCAAACCCCAGUACCACCCCCCCCUCAAAAGAAAAAUCUUGUAAAUGAAACUUCUGUUCCCAGCUCUACACAGUUUUCCUCUCAAAGGAAGUUUUCUCACCAUUCACAAGCUGUAAACUGACUCCACUUACCCUUUGCCCCUCACCAGUCCUUUUCCAUGUAUGAGGCUCCCUGAGUAGGGACCAGCCUGACAGCCUCGUGUGUGUCUGACGUUCCUCCUUCAUGUCACUUCCAGGAAGCAGAGUCGCACUGGGUGGACUUCAUCUUUGAGCUGGUCAUUGUUUGAAGACAGUUGCAUGUUUGGAAGUUUUGUAUCAACUUCUCGUUAUUUUGUAUCUAGAUUUAGCAGCCACUGGGGAACACCUUUUGUUUUGUAGGUUUCCCUUCAGAAGCUCUUGUUACUUAUUGUCCCCUGCUGGUCCUGCAGGUGGCACUACAAGAGUGGGGUGAGCAUGAGACAGGCUGCAGGGCGGUGGCUAUCCUUUAUCCCAAAAUCAGGCCACACCAUUAGGGUCCCUGCCCCAGCCCUGACCACACAGCAGCGCCCCCUAGAGGUUCCUGUGGUUCACAGCAGUGGUUUCCCUGGGAGCCGGUGUAGACUCCUAGGUUGUUAAAAGGACUGCGACCUCCCUUGGGAAGCUGCUGCCCUCACCUGUGCCCAGUGGCCCCCAAACUACACGCACCUGCAGGAGGCACCAAGGCCAGACCUGUGAGCCCUGUGCAGUGCCGUGUGCAAAUAGCCUUCACUGCAUUCUCCUCACCUGAAGCCUUAAUCCCUGUGAGCACCGCUCUUGUACCAAAAGUUGUCUUCUUAUUUUAAUGCCUGUGUCACAGGACUUCCUAAAACAGUUCCCAGAAUAUUCUGUCUGCCUCUAAGGUAAAGCACACGGCACCUCUCCCACCCUACCGUAGGAAAAUCUCUGCCAAAGCUGUGGCUUUGCCAAGCGUGGUUUCAUUCCUGCCAAUUGAUCCCAUCCCUAACCCUCAUUUUGUCCCUGGGGCUCAGGUUUACCUUCCUCCUCCAGUGACUGGCUGCAACUUGGCAAAUGGAGGUCCUUUCUCUGCCAUUUAAGUAGAGUUGAUGUUUGCUAGGGUGAAAGGGUUUCUGGCACAGUGGUGUGAGGGAAAGGAGCUGGGAGAUCCUGGCAGCUCAGCCUCACAGGCGCCUGGUCCCCAGGGCUGGUGCUGUCACAUGGGAGCUCAGGUGGCCUCCACCUGCACUUGGGCUCUGGUGCAGAGCUCCUGGUACCACGUUUUCCUCACUGUGAGUCUGUGUCCUUUUAGUGUUGGUGUGGCAGGGAGGAGAGGGCUCAUCCCAGGACACUUGGUCAGGGUGACCUGGCCACUCCUGCUUUCCCUUAAAUCUCCAUGUUCCCCUUGGGUUGUCCUUGAAGCUGAGAGGUGGGAGGCCGAGGAGAGCCUCUGAGCUGGCGCCCAGGGUUCAGCUGCUCCCACAGGGCUCUCUUUUAAGGAUGGAAACGGCACAGAUGGGGAGUCCUGGGGGGAGGGGAGUCCUCUGGUCCUGCCGCUCUGUCCUGCUUUUGGAAGAAGCGCAGGCUCCACCUGCCUGACUGGCUCAGCCGCUCCUGGGCAAAGUCCAUGCAGAGGUAGCUUCUUUUCCUUCCCCUGUGACAGCGUACUGGGAGAUGAGGCUUUGCGCCUGCAUCCUGAUGGAGUUUCUAAAACAAGGAGUAUGUAUUUAUGUUUUAAAAAUGCAUACUCUUCAGCCAAAGCCUGUGUGUGACUCUGGAGUCACUCAUCUCCAGUCUCUGCACUGGGGAUUCAGCUCCAGGACUAGGCGUUUUGCCCUCGGUCACCGCAUCCUACAAGGCUCCCCAGGACAUCAGUCUGCUUCAUGUGGCUCCUGCCUUGCCAGGUGCACCCCUCAUGCACAUGUUAGGAGCAGCCUUCCUCCCUGUCUUUAUACACAUUUUCAAAAAUGUUAAAUUCUUACUGACAACUUGUAACUUGGUCAUGUUUUAUACUACUAGCCUUUAAUAAAGCAGUUUUAAAAAUGCUAGUUUGUCUCCCUUUGUUAAUGGUGCGGGUACAGUCAAUGAUCAGAAUUCCAGAUUCUUCUCCAGAAAGAAUCCAUGGCAGGACACGUAGGUGCAAA